UUCAUUGGGUCGCUCACCGUCACAUGACCGGAAGCUGGAAAUGAAGCGGUUGACGUUUUGAAAUGAAAACGGGGCCACUCGGCUGCUGGGCCUUUUAUUCGUCAAAUAAGUAAUACAAAACGGUGCAUUUUGUUUAAAAAUACACGAGAAUCACCGACAGAGUCGUGAAUGAACAGCCAUGAUGCGGAAAGCUAAGGCUGGAGAGCUAAUUCAUUAAAACCUGGCGGACCCCUGUUGGUCCCUGAACCCAACUUUGGACACCAGUUAGUCCAACGCAACCGAUCUAUCUUUGCAGGCUGGUCGUUACGGCCGGGGAUAUGCUAGCAUGGCCUUUUAAUGUGAGGAAAAUUACACCACCAUGGAUGACUCGGACCAGGAUUUUUUAGAUCUAUGCUCAAAGCUGCUGAAACGAGUCCGCAAGAAACCAGGUGAGUCCAGGCAGCCACAGAAAGCAGAGCAUCAGCCCUCCAGUCAGGCAAGUGAAGGCGACGAGAGAAGGAGAAAAAACAAAAAGGAUGGUGACUCUGGGUCUAAGGUCACUGGGACCCAGUCUGAAUGCACUGGAGCAGACCGGCGUGCGGUCAGUGGAGGAACUGGACGGGAUUCAGGAGAUGCCGGGUCGUCGGCUGUGCCCUCAGCAGCGGCAGCAGGACCCAGAUCUGAAGGUCUGACAGCGAUAGGGAAAGUACUCCUCAGAAUGCAACAGUUCAAGAGAGCCAGCCCUCAGAAGUUGGAGCACAGAGACAAGAGUCAGCCAAGAAACAGUCAGAACGACUGUGGUCCUCAUCGACAGUCACUAAGACAAGAUCCUCCAGAACCCUGCAGCUCUGGUCUCCACAUUGACAGCGAUGAAGCGCUGGCCCUGCGGCUACAGCAGGAGCUGGACAGGGAGGCUGUGGAGGCUGAGACGGUGGACCUGGAGGACGGAGGCCUCUUCUUCUGUCAGAUCUGCCACAGAGACCUGUCACACAUGACUCCUAAUGGGCGAACACAACAUCUCAACAGGUGUUUAGAUGAGAGUGAAGAGAGUGCCCCAGCGCCUCUUCCUCCUCCUCCUCCUCCUCCUGGUGUCCCUGACUGUCCCAUCUGUGGCAAGAAGUUCAAGUCCCAGAAGAGUCGCUCUGCCCACCUGAAGCGCUGCUCCUCAGACAUGGGGGUCUCUACGGGUGUGUUGCUGCAGGCUCUUCAGAGACAGGCUGAGGAGACCCAGGAUGUCCCCACUGCUAACGCAUUCGUACAGACAGGAGGCACUAAAAGGAAAGGCCCCUCCAAGCUGGGCCUCCCAGUGAGGAAGAAGCCCAGGAAAAAGACUGAUGUCCUGGACGAAGACACCAUGGUUGCUUUGGCUCUGUCCUCCUCACUGCUGGAACAGGAGAGGGAGGCAGAACGAGAGGGACAAGCCGAGACCGCUGCCACUUACACCUCCAUGACGCCAGUGCUGAAGUGGAGACAAGAUGCAGGUAAAGGGCGUGGAAAGAAAAAAAAGGGCGCCGUCCCUCGUCCUCCUCCACUCCUGCUCGUUCAGGAUGCUCAGGCGGCCCUGAUGAGGCUGCAGGAACGUGUUUCUUCUCUCCUCCUGCGCAGCCGGGCACCCUCUCCCCCCACCCCGACCCGCUGCCCCAGCAGUCUGCCUGGCUGGAGCGGGGCUGCCCUCCUCUGGCAGAAAAGCACACUGCUGAACGGCGGCUCUACUUGUCUGUCUGAUUUCUACACUCCAGAGCUCAGACAGUUCAUUACUCCUUGGGAAUCAGCAAUGACUAAUGCAGCCUCCUCCAACGCUUGCAACAAGCCUGAGUCUUCUCUUCAACCUGUGAAUGAAGGAACUCCCGUCACAGCGACCAGGGCCUCUACCCUGCCAUCUUCCUCCCAGACUGCAGCCUCCUCCCCGGCUCCCUCCACCCCUGGGACAGGGCAGCUCCCAGUGGGCAGCCAGGCCCUGUGGGACCUGAUGGAGCUGGCUGAAGACGGCAUGACCCUCACACAGUGCGGAUACACUACCUCAGGCCCCGACCAAGACAAGCGAAGCAGUGCCAGACUGUCCACAAACCUUCCUCUCAGCGGCUUUGUCCUGGAGGAGGCGGAGCAGCAGGCUGACCUGUGCGUGAGUGGCUUCCUACCAGCAACGGCAUACACGCUCUCAGAGGACACCCACAGUCGAGUGAGGAGGAAAGCUGAUGAGCCGAGAACAGAUAACGAGCGAGGCAGCCACCAAUCUGUAGCACUGUUCAGACUGGCUUCAGACCUAAGCAGCAUGGUGAACAACCCUCAGCUCAGUGAUGUGCAGCUCCAGGUGGACAGUGGAGAGGUCUUCUUUGCCCAUUCCUUCAUGGUGUACACUCGCUGCCCCCUGCUGGCAGAAAUGGUACAUGAAAGUGGUUUUGGGGUGCAGGAGGAAGGCAUGCCUGCAGCCGAGAGGGUGUUGAUGACAGAUGUCCCGGGACAGGCGGUGUUGACUCUGCUGCAGUACCUCUACACAGCCCACUGCUCUGUCCCAGCCUCACUGCGGCCUCAUGUACUGGAACUGGCAUCCAGGUUUGACUUGCAGGAGCUACGGCAGCUUUGCGAGCACCACCAAGAGGAGGCAGCAGCUCAUGGAGAUGAGGUGGACUAUAUGAACCAGGACGAGAAUGUCAACAACCAAACGGACCAGGCCUUCAUGGAGCUCCUCCGCUCCAUGUGGAAUGACGAGGAUGAGGAAGAUGAGGGGAUGGAUACUGAUGGAGGAAAGGAUGAAGAGAGAGGGUUGGAAGAAGAUCAUCAAACUGAUGAUGUUACAUCUGGUGAGAGAGAGAUUUGCGAGGAACAUGUGAAUGAGGAAGAGCUGGAGGAGAUCUAUGAGUUUGCUGCCACACAGAGAAAGAGGGAGGAGGAGAAAGACAGUGUGGAGGAGGAGGAGAAAGAGGUAGAUGAUGGAGAAGAGGUGUUCAAAGAACUGACAGAACCUAGAAGAGGCUUCAGCGAGAAAACCCUGAAGCCGAACUCUCAACUUGAGCCAGAUCCCAGCUACAGCUACAGCCGCCUCUUCUCAGAUUCUCGGGGAGUAUACGAGGAAAAGGACCCCUCCUCCUCCUCACCCUCAACCUCUAGCCCACCAAAUACACACACCUCUCAAUCACAGAAACACCAGUCCUCUCGUAAUGCUUCGUGCAAACUGUCCAGCAGAACUUUGCUUCAGUCCUCACCAAGCGUAGUCGACGACUUUUCUCCUAGCCCCCCACCCAAUACAUCCAACCUGCCUAUCACAGGUCUGUCACCUGGUCAAGUGGGUGACUGGGGUGGUGGUAGAGACAAGGGAACAGAUUCUGUUGAACUGGACAUGCUUAAAGAAAGUCUGUCUUUGAAGCGAGAAAGCCAUGGUCCUCGUCGUAUUCGUGUCCCCGUUUCUCCUGAUUCACCCCGGAAAAAGAAGGAACCUGAGCUCAUAGUUUUGUCUGACUCAAGCGAGGAGAUGGAAGUAGAUGUUGCUGUUCUUAGUUCCCGCAGUCCUUCCCCACGUUCUCCUUGUGCUGCCCAGAACCUGCAGAGCUACACCCGGAUCAUACCUCAGUCAAUCCGGAAACCCCCUGAACCCACCUUGGAGAAUAAAGUGUCCUCUAGUUCAGAGCUUAGUCCCCGUGACCCAUCUUCAGCCUCGGUUCAAAGUCAUCCACGUUCUGGUUGUGAUCAGAGUCCAGUAGAUUGUUCUCUAGAAGUUUCCUGGCUGAUCCCAUCCACACCAGUGCAGCCUGGAAGAUGCACCAGCACCAGCUCCACCCAGACCAAAAGCAGCAUGUGCAGGACGCAACUGUUCCCUAAAGGUGAUACUCCAUCACCCUCUCAUCGUUUCUCUUCUCCUGCUCAACCGCUUCACAACAGACUUGAGACCUCAAAAAGUGCAACCAGAGUCUCAGCCCACUUUGGACCAACAGAGGGCAGUGAUCCCAGGUUGAAACUGGAUGAGAUGGUUCCCUUUAGCUCCAGCUUGCAUCUCAACUUUUCCCCUAAAAGAACCAGCAGUUAUGAUGCAAAUAAGAAUAGAGACGUGUUUACAGUCCCCCACACCAACCUAAGCUUUCACACCUCUCGAGCUCAACUCACCGUCAUCCCCUCCAAGCUUCCCUUGGACGGGGCUAUGGAAGAGACCCUUCCACAGCCCUACAGCAGCACUCCCCUGCAUACAGUGCUCCUCCAGCCCCCUGUCCUUGUUGACUCCCCACUCCAGAGCAACCCCAAUAAGCAGAGGUCGACCAGUCAAGGAAGGGAUGAGGCGCCAUCUGAAAGCCCAGAGAAGACAGAAUUAGUAAGCUUACAUCUCUCCCCCUUUUCCGACCCUUCGCAUCCACCUUCUUCCUCGUCUCACAGAGGUCUUCAAAGUUCACAGAGACACAGCAAGUCCUCAAGUGAAAGUCGGCGUUCUGUUGAGUCCAGCAGUCAUACGAACACAGGGGAUGAGCUCAAGAGGAGGAUAAUAAGAAAUGAGGAAGGAGAAAGAGACAGAGUGAGUGAAAAUAAAGACAAAUGUGAUGGAGGAGAGCGGGAAGAAGAAAAAGAUGAAAGUGCAGAAGCCGAGAUUGCAGAGUCCAGUUUCCAGCAGAGCUACAUGGACGAGCCUCCCAUAGCUUUUAAUGACUCGUGGGGUCUCGACGCCUGUGUUGAAGCCGACCCGGGCUGCUUCAGUCUGAGGCUAGAGGACAGUGGAGGAUCCAACCAGCAAGAGCGCAGCCAAGGACAAAGAGAAAGGGCCAGGUCACCAUCCUCUACUGACCAUCAGCCUCCACCAUCCAGUCUCUGUAUCCAGUCGCUGAAGAGUUGCGGCGGCGUGAUUAACUCCUCUCCAUCCAAAGCCCACAGUACAAGCCGUUCCUCCACCCCGUCACCACCAGGCCCUAACAACAGCCUCCUGGACUCCAAAUUAUGGGAGAGCUGGGGGGAGGAAGAUGAGGGGGCUCUUCCUCUCUCUGAGAGGGUUAACCCCUCUGCCCAGCUCAAAACCCCAGCGUCAUCACACAAUAAAAAACGUUGCUCCUUGGUGCCCAUCACUCCCAUGCCCCAGUACUCUGACAUGGACACACCGGAGCUCAAGAACAAACUCAAUAGGUUUGGUGUGCGGCCUUUACCAAAGCGCCAGAUGAUCCUCAAACUGAAGGAGAUCCACCAGUACACCCACCAGCUGGUCAGCUCGGACUCUGAGGAUGAGCCACCCUCUGCAGGGCGCACGGCUCGGCCUAAGCCCCCUGCCACCGGUUCAGCAGCCUCCCGUGCCCAGCCAGCGAAGUUUAAAGAGCCCAGAGCGCCCGUUGCCAUCUCUCCUCUGAAACACAGAGGAGAGGAGGAGGGAGAGCUGCUGUCUGCCUCACAGGGCUCAAACACCUCUUCGACUCCUGCCAGUGAAGAAUCUGAAAGGUCCAACCCAGAGCUGUGCCUCUCUUCCGAUGGCGACUCGGACAGUGAUGGCGGCAUCUCUGCCUCCCAGGCUGCGUCUCGCCUUCAGGAUCGCCUCCAGGCAGUGCGCUCCUUCAUCCUGUCAGACUCCGGGCUGCACAGUCAGAUCCUCCAGUACCAGCCUCUGGUCCUCUCCCAGCUCCAACAGCGACUCAAGGCGGCCGGGAUCCGCUUGGGUGCCGCCAAGCUGGUGGACUACCUGGACUCUCAGUGCAUCACCUUCACCACAGCCAAGCCGGGCCACUCCGCACCCCGCCAUAGGCGGGGCAAGAGGGCAGGCAAGGGGGCAAAGGCAGGGGGGGAACGAGGAGCGAACAGGAGAAAAGCUGUUACAGCCACUCUUUAAAACUGUGACUGCAAGAAGUGGCAGGUUUGACUUUAGUGUUUGGAACAUUUGUCUGAAAAUAAAUUUCCGGUGAAGAAGAAGCCAUGAGAAAUUUUGAAUUAUGAAGAGUUUUAAAAAGACUGUGGUUGUUCCUGGACAAUCUGCACUCAGCUGAUUCCUCAAAAGUUGACUUCAGCUUUUACUGCUGUGUUUAAAACUGAAAACAUACAAAAUUUUUCUUCAGGACAGGUUUUAUAUUUGGUAUCGUAUUACAAAUGUUGAACUCCCACUGUGAAAAUAAAAGGAUGGUAAGUGUUGCUGUCCCCCUUUGUCACAAAUGGUUCCUUUCAUUCAAAAAUCUUUGGAGUAGCCACUCCUGAUAAGUAGAUUUUACACACCCGCUGUUAUCUUUAUCAUCUGUUAUGGUACAAAGAUGAAUCCUAACUAUGUGGUACUUAACCUCCUUUUAAUACCAAAUCAGGACAAAGGGAAUUAAAUUCAAAGAAAUGAUUCCACACAGCAAUUUUUUGAAAAACA